AAAGAUCCUGAAGGCACUGAUUGCCAUGAUGAUAUACGUGACGCACGCUCUCAAUUUCUGGGUGCCCUUCAACCUAGUGUUCUUCUAUAUAAAGUCUCGCCAUAAGAAAGAGGACGAAUUGAAGUGGGAACUUAUUUACAGGGCAAUCAUUGUCGCCAUUAUAGGUGUUGUAGCGAUUGUUUUCCCCAAUAUUAACGCUCUUAUGGGGUUCCUCGGCGCCUUCUGCCUCUCCAACAUGGCGUUCAUUUGGCCCAACAUGAUUUACAUUAUGGUUGUCUGGCAAAGACCUGGCCUUGGUAAAUAUAGAUGGCGUCUGUGGAAGGGGAUAGCACUGAUUUCGAUCGGGAUAUUCAUAUUCAUAUGCGGCAGCGUUGUCAGUAUCAACGAACUGGCGUCCAUGUUUGUACCGCAAAAGCCGAAACCUCAACCUACGCCUUAAAUGAAGCCUUUGAGAGAGCUUAUUUAGUGUUGGAUAACAUUAUAUUAGGUAUAGUUGUCAUUGUAAAAUUCAAGCGAGAGAUAAUCUUAUUCUCGGACUACCUGGAGCAGGGUUUCUCAAAGUGGGGUACGCGAAUUCCUAGGGGUUCGCCAUUCGACGGCAGGGGGUUCGCGACAAGAUUUACGUAAUGGUGGUGAUAACUGAUACCAUACCGAGUCAGAAUUAACGUUAAAAUUGUCCAAAAUUACUUCUAACAUUGAAUUCAUUUGCGACACGAAACAAGC